AUGACUAUGGAAAAGCUUCAAUUUUCAUUGCCGGCAGUGUUCACUAUCGGUGCCGACAAUGAAAUGGAAGCACUCAAGGAUUACGCUCGGCUUCUUGCAGAGAACUCUGAUGACAAAACCAAUGUCCAGAAAAUCGUGAAAGGCAUUAUCGAAGGUGAAACUCGAGUCAUCGUUUCCAGCAUGUCCAUGGAGGAAGUUUUCAAGGAAAGGCAGGUUUUCAAAAACAAAGUGAUUGAGAGCGUACAGAAGGAACUUCAGCAAUUUGGCCUGCGAAUUUAUAACGCCAAUGUCAAAGAGCUCCAGGACACUCCUGGUAGCGAAUACUUCAGCAUCCUAAGCCAGAAAGCGCACGAAGGAGCUCUUAACCAAGCAAAGAUCGAUGUUGCUGAGGCACGGAUGAAAGGUGAGAUUGGAGAGGCAGAGAAGAAGGGUAAAAUGAAGCAGGAGAUCUCCAAAAUCGACGCCGAUACUGCUGUAUUGGAGACGAAACGGAGGGCCGAAAAAGCCAAGGCGGAUUCCGAGCUCAUGAACCGUCAGACUGAGCUUGAUGCCGGCGUUCAAAUCAGCAAGAUUACAACGAAGCGCCAGACAGAAAUGAAAGAUGCAGAGCUACAAAAACAAGUGGAGUCCAAGCGUGCUGAAACCGAAUUGGAACGUCUUAGAGCCAGUGAGGUCACUAAAAGCAAGGUUGCACGCGAGUCUGCACAGGAGAAUGCAGAUGCCGCUUACUACACAGAACAGAAAGCAGCUGAUGCGCGGUUGUAUAAACAAAAGAUGGAUGCAGAUGCAGCCUAUUAUCGUCAAAGCAAAGAAGCCGAUGCUGCCCUCUAUCAGCAAAAGCGCGAGGCUGAAGGAAUUCUCGAGAUGUCUAAGGCAUACGGUACCCUUAUUGACGUCCUCGGAGGACCCCAAGCCUUCCUACAGUUCAGAAUGAUGGAGAACGGUACAUAUGAGAAAUUAGCCAAGGCCAACGGCGAUGCUAUCAGAGGACUAUCACCCAAGAUCUCAGCGUGGAACACCGGAGAGGGCUCUGGAGAUGCAAUGGCCCCCGUCCGAAAUAUUAUGCAAGGCCUUCCGCCUCUUCUCACCACCAUCCACGAGCAGACCGGCAUCAGCCCGCCAUCCUGGUUGGGCCAGAUGCCUGUGAAUGGUGAAGUUAAUAAACGAAAGUAG